AUGUCGGUAAAGAGUCUAUACCAGGUGUAUAACGUUGCGGUUGGCACUUCAAAGGUAGUCAAGGAGUCGCUGAAUGUUGUGACUGCCAACUGUUCGGUUCUUCAAGCCAUUCGUGGAAAUGAUCAGCUUUACACAGAAGCAAAGAUCGUAUCAGAAAAGGCCAGGGCCAGUGCUACAAACAGAGAAUACAGUCAAGCUAAUGUGGACUCCAUGGCGCAUCAUGCCGACCAACACGGGGAUAGAGAAGUCGAUAUCUUCAAAUUGGCCAAGGCUAAAUCGUCUCAUGCACGUAGCCAGGCGAAGCACGAUACUCAUAGUAGCAAGCACGAACAGAAGCACCAGCACCAUCAAAAACGUGGCUUUCACACGUCGGUGAGGAGACUGGACGAAGAGAAAAAGCAGCCUGGUAAAGAAGAGGUCAUUGGAAGCAAAGUCCAACCUGCGGUAAAGCUGACUCAAGCCGCAGUGCCUUCGUCGAGAUUGGGACGUCUUUUCCAUUACGGAACUUUAGCCGCUUCGGUGGGGGCACAUGUUCUGCAAGACAGUGCUACGCACUACAUUAAGCACGGUAAAGUUCCAGAAAUGAAGUCUGUGCUGCUAUCACCUCGAAAUAUCGAGUUGAUGGCCAGGAAGUUUUCCCAGAUGAGAGGUGCUGCGUUGAAGGUCGGCCAGAUGCUGUCCUUUCAAGACAACUCUGUUUUGCCUCCUGAUAUCCAGCAAAUAUUGCUCAGAGUUCAGAAUAGUGCCCACUAUAUGCCAGCAGAUCAGCUCGAGAAAACCAUCUCUUUCGAGUUAGGCGAAAGCUGGAGACAACGUCUUUUUGCCAGCUUUGAUGAUAUCCCAAUUGCUGCUGCCUCAAUUGGCCAGGUCCACACCGCUGUUACAAGAAAAGAAUUAGACCAAGUUGUUGUCAAGAUCCAGUACCCCGGUGUCGCCGAUUCUAUUGACUCGGAUCUAGAUAAUAUCCUAACUUUACUUACUUCAACAAAAAUGCUUCCUCCAGGAAUGUUUCUGGAGAAGUCGAUUGCAAAUGCAAGAGUUGAAUUGAAAUGGGAAUGCGAUUAUAUUAGGGAAGCAUCCAACACGGUAAGAUACAAAGAAAUGUUGAGCGAUGAACCUGCCUUUGCUGUCCCAAAGGUCUAUCACGAUCUAAGUGAUGAACAUGUUCUCACAAUGGAAAGAAUGAAGGGAAUUGAGAUUGUGAAGGGCGAUUGGAGUCAAGAAGUGAAGAACAAGAUCUCUGCCGAGAUUAUGAGAUUGACCUUGAUGGAAAUCUACAAGUUCAAGUUCAUGCAAACCGAUCCCAACUGGGCUAACUUUUUGUACAACGAGAAGACUGGGAGGGUUGAACUAUUAGAUUUUGGAGCUUGCCGUGACUUUGAUGAAUCGUUUACUAAGCCUUAUAGCAACUGUUUACGUGCCGCUGUCAAACAAGAUCGUGCAAUGGCCAAGAAAUACUCCAUUGAGUUAGGAUUCUUGACAGGCCUAGAAUCGGAAGCAAUGACCAAUGCUCAUGUGGACUCCAUCAUGGUUUUGGGUGAACCAUUCAGAGAAGCUACCCCAAGCGGAUUGUAUGAUUUCGAACAUCAAACUAUCACUGAUAGAGUUCGUACUAACAUCCGUUUGAUGUUGAACGAAAGAUUGACUCCUCCUCCUGAGGAAACUUACUCUUUGCAUAGAAAAUUGAGCGGUGCCUACUUGCUCUGUGCUAGAAUGAAAGCUGAGAUUCCAUCCAAGAAAAUAUUUGAAGAUGUCAUUGGUUUGGAAUAUGAAUAA